AUGGUAGGCGUGGGCGUAGCGGAGGGCGGCGGGGACGGCUACUACGGCGAGUACUACCCCCCGGAGCAGUACUACAUGCCGGAGAUGUGCCCUCACCCUCAGCACCCACAGCAUGCGCAUAUGGCGUGCACUGUUCACGCUGACUAUGGUGGAAUGCCGGUGGUAACAUCAGCAACUAUGAUGCCGCCUCUUUUACCACCGGUGAUGGACGAGAAUAUGAGACAUUACCUGGUGGCGCAUCCUCAUGCACAGCCGCACCCACACCACGCGGCGCACCACCAGCCGCCGCACCACCAACCACCCCAUCACCAACCGCCCCCUCAUCACCAACCACCGCAUCAUUUUGGACCAACAAACGGUGCAGCGGGUCCUCAACACUUCUAUGGAGGUGGUUAUCCAACUCAUUUCCAUCACGUUCCACCCCACCACAUGCAACACUCACCACCACCUCCAGUGUACCACAAGGAUGAAAGAACUCAGCGGCAAUACUCUAAACUCAAACAGAAACUGGAACGCAAACACAUUAAUAGGAAUAAUGGAAUAGAAGUAAAUUCUGGUGCGAGCACGCCGUCAUUAUCACCAAGGAAAGAGUCAAAUGGUCGUGGUGGUAGUGGGAGUGGGGGAGCAUCAUCUGGUGCUUGGUCUGAGGGUGAAGGCUCGUCAGCGGGCGCCUCAAUACAGGGUGAUGAUGAGAAUGAUACACAGGCACUGCUAGAUCUUGUGUCUGCUACCCGAACACCGCAAGUUAGUGACGUGACUCCAACAAGUGCUCUCGUGCAAUGGAAUUCCCCUCUACCAGAAGGUGUCACUCUUCCAAAUGUGGACCUCACUUACGACCUCCUGCUUGGAGACCGGGGACGGUAUAAGGCUAUAUACAGUGGUUCAUCGCUAUCGUGUCGCGUAAGAGACUUGAGACCCGGAUGUGAAUACUCAGUGUGUCUGCAAAUCCGUGCGGGUGAGUUGACGGGUGCGGCGAGUGAGGCGGCUACAUUCCGCGCUCCACCGGCGCCGCCCGAACGACUGCCGGCGGCGCGCGUCACACAGAGAGCACGAACAUCGCUGUUGUUACGCUGGCCCUCCGCCACCGACAACGGAGCGCGAGUCACACACUACCUGCUGGAGAUGGACGCCGGGGAGGGCUUCGUGGAGCUCACCCGGCCCCGCACCAGACAACACACCGUCAAUAACUUGCAACCUCAGACGCGGUACCGCUUCCGGAUCGCGGCCGUCAACGAGUGCGGCCGCGGGGACUGGAGCGAGGAGACCGUUGUGUGGACCACGGGCUCCCCCCCGCCCGCCCCCGGACCACCCACGCUUGUUGCCGCCUCGCCGACGUCAUUGACUCUGACGUGGCAGCGCCGCGCGGACGAGGAGUUCGUCUUGCAGAUGGACGAUGUAUCAAGAGGACACGGAUUCCUACCCGUGUACAGCGGCUCGGACUGCACAUACGUGUGCGAUGGACUUAGGCGAGCGACGGAUUAUAGAUUUCGUUUGAGGAGCGAAACAGUCGACGGUCAAGGACCGUGGUCCGUGGAGGUCACCUACACCACGCCGCCCGAACGACCCUGUCCGCCGAGCAGACCCACACCCCGCGGGAAGAUACACUCCCGAGCGAUACGGCUGAGGUGGGACCCUCCUGCCGACAACGGAGGAGCCGCUGUGGACACUUACACGUUAGAAAUUGACGGCGGGGAAGGAUACAGCCUCGCUUACCAAGGACCGGAACGAGAGGCCCACUGUGACCGCCUCCUACCAGGAACACAGUACCACGCGCGAGUCAGGUGCUCGAACGUGGCCGGCACGAGUGACUGGUCGGCUAGCGAGACCGUCACCACUGAGGCGACCUGUCCCAGCGCGUGCCCCGCGCCGGAGACCAGCGGAGCGAGCCGCGCCACACACGCCACCGUGCGCUGGAGGGCGCCCGACUGUACUGGAGGGUCACCACUCACAGAAUAUCGCCUCGAACUGGCGGAUACUGAUGGUCUGGUGCGUUUGGCACACGUGGGCCCUGAAGCUGAAUGUGUUGUUCGGGAUUUACUUCCCGGCCGAGAAUACCGAGCGUGGGUGACGGCAUGCAACAGGGUCGGUGCCGGACCUCCGUCCCCAGCUCUGAGGUUCACCACACAGCCCGCACCUCCCGACGCGCCCGAACCUCCCGUCGUUCGUAUAGAGAGCCCCCGCACGGCUCUGGUCGAGUGGACCGCUCCAGCCAACAACGGCGCUCCUAUCAUCGAUUUCCGUCUCGAAAUGAGUGCGAGCAACGUAGACGACGCCUUCGCCGAGGUCUAUCGCGGACUGGACACCGUCUGUUCGAUAGGGAAACUGACUCCUUUCACGCCCUACUUCUUUAGGGUAAGAGCUACGAAUUCGGCCGGGAAAGGCCCUCGCUCAGCGGUCAACACCGCACUCACCCCUCGUGCGGUUCCCGCGGCGCCAACUGGGGUUCGACACGAAGGAACCUGUGAUUCUCUGAAAUUACACUGGCGAGUCCCGGCCAAUCACGGUGCGGACAUUCUAAAAUAUCGCGUGGAAGUAGACGAUACCGAGUUCGAUACAGAAGGACCCGUUCCGGAGAGGCUCGUGGAGGGCCUCGAGCCAGACACUGUGUAUCGAGUGAGAGUGGCAGCGGUCAACGAACUCGGACUCGGAGAUUGGUCGGAGGAGACGCUCGCCUCUACUCGACCGCGGCCACCAGCACCACCGGUAGUGAAGUUCGCUCAGGCCGCGCACAACCACCUGCGACUGGAGUGGGCCGGUCGGGAGGGGACACAGUACUGCGUGGAGAUGCGAGCUCCAGACGCCCGGGAGUUCCGUCCGGUGUACCGCGGCUACGCUCAUUCCUGUAAGGUGAAGAAGUUGCGUGAGGCGACCACCUACACGUUCCGGAUACGAGCCAGCGACGAGCGGGGCGGGCGCGGCGUGUGGUCCCCGCUGCUGACCGCGCGCACGGCCGCCGCGCCCCCCGCCGCGCCCCCCGCGCCCUCCGUCACGCUGGUCACCCCGCGGGCCGCGCUCGUCGCUUGGGAGCCGGUCGACGACGCCGACUACGUGCUGCAGAGCGCGCGCGGCAAGGACGCUGUCUUUAAAGAGGUUUACACAGGCGACGCGUCGCAGUUCCAAAUGGAGGAGUUGGAGUAUAACGUGGAGUACCAGGUGCGGGUGUGCGCGACCCGCGGCGGGCUGUGCAGCGCGUGGUCUCCGUGCAGUAAGGUGGUGGUGUCACCGCCGGCGGGUCGUGCGCGGCGUGUCCGUCCGUCUCGUCCGCUGUCCGCGAGUCACGCGGCGCUCAUGAUGGCGGGCGGGUUCCUGCUGGUGGCGGUGCUGGUGGCCGUGCUGCUCCAGCGCCUGGUGGAGCCUCGCCCGUGA